AAAACACGUAAAAGAUUUUGCGAAAAUAGCUCACCCAAUCAUUGAAUUGAUUAAGGGAAUUAAGGGAAUAAUUAUAUGGAACGAUGAACAUGAACAAUCCUUUAAUCAGCUAAAACACAUUUUAAUUUCUAAACCAGUACUAAACACUUUUAAUGACGAAAGGGAAGUUUACCUAACUAUAGACGCUUUAUUAUUAGGUUUAGGCACUUGCCUUGAACAAUGCAAUGACAAAAAUAUACUACAUCCAAUUGGGUAUGCUUCUAGGAAAUCAUUAAACAACAAAAAAGCAGACUCAUCCACAACAUUAGAACUAUUAGGUCUAUGUUUUGGCAUUACGUAUUUUCGAGAAUAUUUAUGGGGAAGGCACUUUACUGGUUUUUGUGAUAACAUCAGUCUACAAUACUAUGCAAAUUUAAAAAUACCAUCGGCCAGAAUAGCUCGACUAACUCUUAAAUUAUUAAAUUUUAACUUUGAUAAUAUUUAUAAAAAAGGAAAAAAAAAUAGAGUUACUGACGCUCUCUCUAGAAAUCCCAUCAAUACAAUUGAUAUUAAUAAUGACAAUGAUAAUUUGACCAUUGACUUAACCGAUAUAAAAAACCAACAAGAUAACGACCAAUUCUGUUCUCAAAUCAUAAAAGCAAUCGAUAACAUUUAA